AUGGUAGGCAGCGUGCCUUUGCCAGGAAUUGGCAGUCAUCACUUUUGGGAGAGUGAAGUAGAAGUUCUCAGAAAAAGGGCCAUGACACAUGAUGGAAAGAAGUUUAGGUAUUUCGACGAUAAAGGAAUCUUCAACUUUGUCUUUUUGGCAUGGAUGUACAGGUGGGUUAAGGAAACGUCAAAGAGGUAUAUGGACCCUUAUAUGCUCCACCCUCUCCCACUGGCCGACCAGAUUCUUCUCUGGCAACCGAUUCUUUCUAAGCAUAUUAGCGAUGGUAUCGCAAGUCUGGAGGCAUAUGAGACCCUCAGUGAAGAUGAAAAGAAAAAAGCCAAAAAGCCAGUCAGGUAUCUUUUGUUCAGGGCCAUUUGGCUAACUUUUUGGAAAAGGCUCUUGACAAUCUUCCUAGGAAUUGUUGUUAUGAACGCAAUUGGAAUGAGUGUGGCAGUGUUCUUGCACAAAUUACUUGGCCUGCUAUCAGACAAGGAAUUUAAAUUUGUAACGCUCCUAUCUCUUGCAGUUUUUACCAUUGUUAUUGAAUUGGUAAAAAUGAUCGGUAUGAGUCACAUUAACUACUAUGUAGAGAGACUUGCCAUCCUUCUUGAUGCCAGCCUUCGUGUUACUAUAUUUCAACAUGGAUUGUGUUAUAGACGCACCCAGUUUGAGAAUUUAAAACCAAAGGGAAGCCGAUGUAAUAGUGUUAUUCACAGCUGUUCCGGAGAUUCACCCUGUUCCAGCGAUCCACUCUUGUGCCCAGCAAGGAGAUACAAGAAUAAUGAGGUUACUCCCAAAAUGUAUGCCUUGAUUCUCACGGAUUCUUACUAUCUCCCGUUUUUCAUCGAGGCUGUUCCUGGGUUUGUUGAUUUCUUGACAUCACUAACGUAUGGGAUCAUAUUAAUGAGCAGCCAAUUUAAUAUAAAGGCAUUAACCGUUCUGAUUGUAUCUCUGUCUUUAGUUGUUUGCAUGUUCAUCGUUGAGAUCUUGAACGGUUGUCUCUUUAAAUGGUAUCUUGGUACUAGGGAUCACAGGAUUUCAAAGUCUAGCGAAGUUAUUACCGGAUUACACUUGAUUGAGAGGAUGGCGCUUGACGAUAUAGGUCACGACAUUAUCACUGAAACCAGAAAUGACGAACUUAAAAUUGUCUUUGUUCGCUUCUUCUUGUCCCUAGUAAACAAGGUUCUCAUGACGUCGAUCAUGUGCAUCAAUAUUAUUAUUCUUGUCAACGAUUUUGUCGGACAAGUUAGAGAAGUUACUGACCUUAGGGGUGUGAAUCCUUCUGGGCUCUUGGCAUCAAUCUUUGUUAUUAUGAAAAUUAUAGGCCCGCUCUACAUGGUACCAAUGUAUCUAAGACUUAUGCUAUUCGGGAUCAAUGCAUUCAAAAGAGUAGAAGCCUUCUUGAGAACUUGUUCUCCAAACUUUUAUCUUCCUGAUAACAGGUUUACUGGGAGGAAUCCUCUGCCAGAGGCGCUACCUGAUGAGGAUAAGACACUGCCAAAGGGCCUAGUUGUGAUGUUAAAGAAGGCCUCCUUUGCCUGGGUCAAUAGCAGGAAGGAUCUCCUAGACAAUACUGGUACUACUUGUCUUAGGAACCUUGACUUUGUCCUCAAUACUGGUGAUCUUGCCAUUAUUACUGGUGCUCAAGGUUCUGGAAAGACCAACUUUGUCAAGGCUAUCCUUGGUGACAUGACUCUUGUUGAAGGAUCAAUGGCUGUGUUGCCUCUAUCUACCAACAUGCCAAUAUUCUAUGCUUCUCAGGAUGUAUGGCUUCAAAAGGGUACCAUCAGGGCUAACAUUACUUUUGGUCACAGAUUUGAUGAGAAGCUCUACAACACUGUUCUGAAGGCUAUUGAACUUGAACAUGACAUAUCGACUUGGGAAGGAGGUGACAUGCGUAAGAUUUCUGAACAUGGCUACUCCCUCAGUGGAGGUCAGAGAGUCAGAGUUGGACUUGCUCGUGCCAUCUACGCCUACCUCAUAUUCAACAAGGCAAAUAGAGAGGACAGUAAUGCCAAGUGUUCCUUCCUUGUAGUAUUGGAUGACUCAUUUACUGGUCUAGAUCCAUUUGUAGCCAAGACAAUCUUCAAGAACUUGUUUGAAAAGGGAAGAGGUCUACUCUCUGGUGGUGAUGUUGCCACAGUUCUAACGAUAUCCAAGCGUAUUUUGGAAGCUUGCGUAUCAUCAGAGUCGCCAGAAUCAUUCCUGGAUGCCCCAAUAUACACAUUGAGGAGUGAAGCCCUUGUACAGGAUAACAGGCUCAGAUCAUUCAUGAAAAACAAGACUGAAGAUGUUCGAUAUCCGGUGACUUCAAUAGAUAAAAUGGAACUUCAGUCUGUACCAUUUGAUGUUCUUAGGAGGUGUAGUUCGGAUGACUAUACUAGGUUUGGACGCAAAAGGUCUACGGAAUUUAGAUACUCUGAUUCUCCCACAGUUCAACAUUUGUAUGAUAAGAACAAGACUAAAAAUUAUAAAAGUGACAUCAUUAGACAAUUUAAGGUUUACUUCAGUGCUGCCAGUUGGCCGGUAUUUUUGUUCCUCUUCCUUACUUUAAUAUUUGCAACUUUGGAUAGCACGAAAUUUAUCAUUACCUCAAAGGUCUCUGACUCAAUUGUUGACUAUACAAAGAAACAUGAAGGUACGGAGGUAUCGCUAGAAGAUGUUAAGGAGUACUGUUAUAAAUCUUUGAGAUGGAUUCUUGUUCUUUCAGCGUCUGUUAUGAUUGGAGCCGUCAUACGUAUAGUUGCCAUGACAAAGGCCUCUUUUAAUGUAUCUAGGAGAAUUCAUGAGUAUUGUAUCAAUUCCGUCUUUACAAAUAGCUCUGUUGUUCUAAAGAUCAAGAAAUCUAUGAGCAGCGUGCAAACAUUCUUGUAUAUGGAUACGCUUUCCAUUGACAACAUGUUGAGUUAUUACCUUCAUGAUGUUUUUGUACUGCUGAUUGAAAUGGGCGUUCAGAUGCUAACGCUCUUCUUCAUGAUGCCAUGGUCUGCUCCUAUUGCCAUUGGACUUUGUCUCUUGAUUCUUAGGUUCCUUGUGUACUACUACAUCAAGGCUUGCAAGAAUAUAGCGUUUUCACGUUUGGAGGCUUAUAACCAAAUCGAUUCGACCAUAGAAUCUGCAAUCUCUGGUUUAUCUGUGUGUCGUAGUUUUAAGAGUGAAUGGAAAUUGGUCCACAUAAUGGCUGAGCAUGUGGAUUAUAACGUCAGGGGUACAUACAUGAACAAUUCCGCAAUGUUUUGGAGCUCUAUCGCUUCCAGAUGUUUGCUCUCACCGUUGGCCUUGUUCAUUCUCCUCUUUCCUAUUGUCCGUUCCAGGUUCUGUGACAUGGAUAUCAAGGUUGGUUACUACGGCAUGGCUUAUUCGUUGUUUCUGAACGUUAACAAUUAUUUCGCAAACUUUUUGGAGAUAUCUUACUUCCUCCAAUUACAUGUACUUCCCAUGAGAAGGUUCGAGAAUUUUAUUCCCAAAAACACUCCACUCAAGUUUGUAAAGAAGAAGGAUAUUAACAGAACUGACAUAGUGGUUGAUUCAGGGUCAAGCACAGGAGAUAAGAUCUCCGACGAGAAUAUUAAGGACUCCAUUCGUAAGAGGCGACGUAAUGAGUAUGCUGAGAGAAGAGCCGCUAGAUGUACUAAUCUAAAGAUGCUCCUCUUUAAGCACCAUGUUAAUAUACUUGACAUUUCCAAGUAUGCAGUUCCAGGUCAUGUCAGAGUACAGCUAAAGGAUGUUAAUGUCUACAUUACCUCCUGCAAGGAUGGAAUACAAUUCCCUAUUUUAAAGAAUGUUACUUGUUCUGCGGAUACCUCGGACAUUGUCGGUAUUGUUGGCAGAACUGGAGCAGGAAAGUCUACUAUGUUGUCAGUGCUCCAGAAUCUGGCGGAGCAUAGGGAAGGUUCUGUUCUUCUAGACGGUUGUGAUCUGAAUGAUAUGCCAAAGGAUGUGACUAGGCAGAUUAUUGGAGUACUACCUCAACUACCAUUUGUAUUCAGAGGCUGGACAGUUCGCAGAUUCAUUGAUCCAAGAAUGUUAUUUGAUGAUACCAAUAUUGAAAUGGCUCUGGAUAAUUGUGGCUUGCUAAAGUUUGUAAUGAAUCUCCCAGGUGGUGAAGGUCUUGACACCAUCAUCAUACCCGAGCACUAUCACAAGGAUCUGCCAAGGCACUACAAGAGAGUGUACUAUGGGCCUACUCUAAGACCUUAUGACUCACCCUCCGCAGAUAAUGUGAACAUUGACUAUGGAUCAGCACUGUCAAACUCACAAUUACGUACACUAUCAGUAGCAAGACUAGUGCUUUAUAGGGAAUUCUUCAAGGUUCUUUUGGUUGAUGAACCUCCAGAGGAUGAACUUGGAGCAUACAAUACUGCAGAGACUCCCAUUUAUGAGCUCAUAAAGACCCACUUUCAACAUUGUACAACAUUUAUUGCAGCACACGACGCAGGUGUUUUGCGUUUGUGCACCUCAGUCUGGGUUUUUCACAAAGGUUCUCUCAUUAGGACCUGCAAGACUGAGGAUAUCGUAGAUACUGGGUCACUCUCCAAGAUUAUAGAGGAUUGUAUCACUACACACAUUUAA